CGCUCGGCAAGUAGUGUUGAGUUGACAAGAGUCUACCAAAGAGGUUUUUGAAAGCAUGCGAGGUCUAACAAUAAUCGUUUUGGUUUGCUGCGCAUUGGCCGUAAUGUUGCACUCUGCAAAGGCGCAGGGAGCACCUCAAUCGGCCCCAAUGCCUCAUCCAUCCGGUCAUAAAGGCAUAGAAGGUCGUUAUCGUCGUGCUGCUCAAGGAGGUGGCGCUGGUGGUGGUGCGGGUGCUGGUGGCGGUUUUGGAUUUAACAUGGGCGGUGGAGCUAGAGGACAAGCAGGCGCAGGUGGUCAAGGUGGCAAUUAACAAUAACACCAAUAACGGAUGAACUUGGAAAAAAAUUUAUCAAAAUAUUUGAAACACAACAAUAAAUUAUCGAAAAAUAAACAAUUGUCAUUUCCAAAAGCA